UGUGUAGGGGGUGCCUGUGUGCGCUUAUAUAUACAUGCGUUUGUGGAUGUAUGUGUAUAUGUAUGCAUGUGCGCACGGAUAAAUAAUAUGUUAUAUCAUAUGCGCUAUAUACCUCUACAAAAAUGUGAUUUUCAUUGCUGGAACGUACUUUUCGAUCAAUUUGCUUGACCAGAGUUGAGUUCGGGUAAAAUAACCACAAAACAAUCGAAACUAAUUGUUGAUAACCAAAUGUGAAAUGUCAAAGGUUAGAGAAGAUUUCGAACUAAAACGAGGCUCAGGGUAAGAAAAGAAACAUGGCUGCUGGGCGUUCAUAUCCAUUCGGAUUUGUAAAUCAACACAACAGCUCCAUUAAUUCUGCCUCAUCAACGAAUUUUGCUUACGGGCUUCCAAGUGGCCCAGCUCUGCCUAGUGCAUCAGCCAUACCUCCACAGCCUCCGCCCAGACCAAAUCGGACGCAAGGCAGCAGUUUACCAUCUUACCGCAGCAGUCCAUUUGGUUCUUAUGGUUUAUAUAACAACAAUAGUUAUGGUGGCAAUCCCUACAUGCCUUACCAUUCCAAUUAUGGUAUGAACUAUGGUUACAGUGGGUUUGGCACUUCAAAUAGUGUCAUUGAUGACUACAACAGCUUGUACCGACAAGUGGAGGGGAGUUCACGGCAGGCAUUCCAGUCAGUUGAAAGUAUUGUUCAGGCCUUUACCUCAGUUAGUAUGAUGUUGGAUUCCACAUUCCAGGCCUUGUAUAGUUCUUUCAGAGCUGUAGUAGGUGUAGCUGACAAUCUUUCUCGUCUCCGUUCUCAGUUAUACAGCAUUCUGUCAGCUUUGGCCAUCAUGCGAACUCUGAAGUACAUCAUUCGUAAAAUACUUGAGGUGUUCAGAUUGCGACCAAAGGGCCAUGCAGCAGCAGCUUGGCAAGAAGCUUCAGUUGGUUUAUUACCCCAGCAAUCAAUUUUUCCUGCUGAUUCAAAAGGGCUCAGUUCUUGGCCCAUUUUAAUGUUUUUUGGAAUCAUAGUUGGUGCUCCAUGGUUGAUUUGGAAAUUAAUCUCUGCAAAGCUUCCUGGCUGGGUAACAGGUGAUGAUGACCAUUAUGUGUCCUAUGGCCUCUAUAACUUUGUUGCUGAAAGUAAUGAUGAAUUAUCAUUCAAUGCAGGCCAGAAGAUUAUCAUUGCACCUAAAGAUGAACAACCACGACUGAAAGGCUGGAUUUUGGCUUCUGUUGACGGCAAAAAAAUUGGCUUAGUUCCUGCAAAUUACAUCAAAGAACCUGUACGGUGUACUGGACGAAAGAAUAUUUUGGUUGAAAACACAAUUAACCCUGUGCCAUCACGCUCAUUUAGCUGUCCUACUGACUCUCAAGAAAAUUAUGGUAAAACAGUGUCGGACAAAAAUAUGGAAGAUAUAUUUGAGUCGUGUCACUCUGCACCAACAGUCACUUGAAAUAUUUGAUUAUUUGCUAGGAUUGUUGUGUAAUUAAUAUUUUAAUUCCUUGUAUAUAAAUGUUUGAAAGAGAGAGAGAGAGAAAGAAAGAGUGAGAGAGAGAGAGAUGCAAUAUAUUUAGUCAUUGUGACUGGUGAUUAUGAUAUAGACUAAGAGUUGGGAGCUAGUGUGUCAGCUUCUGGACUGAGGAAUAUGCAGUUAAUGCCAGUUGCAGUAAAACAGGGCUCUCAUAGACCUUUUAAAGUAUCUACCUUGCUCUCAAAAUGAAUGUUUUGAGAUAAUGUAUUGAAACACAAAAAUCAAUGAUUAAAUAUACUGCCCGUCCUGCAAUGUGAAUACCACUGAGAAGUGAGUUAAAGCACUGUUAAAUUAACAAUUGUUUGUCACUGUUUGAAUCUCUUGAGAUGGAUGAUUCAUUCGCACCUCAGUGUGUCACAGCUAUCUAAUAUUUAUGGUUUCCCUUAAAUGUAUUUCUUACAGUUUCUAAAAAAAUACCAGUAAACCAAUAAUUACAUAUACAACAGCAAUUUUAAAGAAUUGUUUUUAUAUUUAUAAGAAAAAACUAAAUUAUCUAAAAGGUGAAGGAUUUUUGUUAAAAGAAAAUGGAAAUACAAAUUCUGAGUUAUACCAUU